UUCAUGUUUAUAUUGGAGCCUGUGAGUGACAUCAGAGCAGGGAGAGUAUAAACACCAGCAGGACCUACUCCGGGCUUUAAAACCUGCGAACACGCCGCUGCCUCCAAACUGCCUGGGGGGUGAUGUGCUGAAGUGGCAGAGGGGAGAGCAGCAUGAGGCUCCAGCUGGAGAAGCAGCUCCUCUUCCUCUCCCUCCUCUGCAUCCUCUCCAAGGUGUGUGCCCAGCUGUGCCGGAGACCAUGCUACUGCCCCUGGGUGCCACCCCGCUGCCCCCGCGGGUCCCCCCUGGUUCUGGAUGGCUGUGGCUGCUGCAAGAUCUGUGCCCGGCGCCUGGGGGAGCCCUGUGACUUCCUCCACGUCUGCGACCAGAGCCAGGGCCUCGUCUGUGACUACAGCACAGCACCGGCCGGGACAGGAGGCACCUGCAACUUCGAGGAUGACGAGGAGGGCUGUGAGGUGAACGGCCGGGUCUAUCGAGAUGGAGAAGUUUUCCAGCCCAGCUGCAAACUCCAGUGCCGCUGCCUGGACGGGGGCUUCACCUGCAUCCCGCUGUGCCAGGAGGACGUGAGGCUGCCCACCCCGGACUGCCCCUACCCACGGCGCGUGGAGAUCCCGGGGAAGUGCUGCCCCGAGUGGAUCUGUGGAGCCCAGGACCAGCACCUCCUCCGGGAUGCCAGGGCAGCCCCCGGGGCAGUGUCCCCAGUGCUGCCAUACCCCUGCCAGGAGUGGGGCACAGAGUGGAGCGCCUGCUCGGCCACCUGUGGCGUGGGCUUUGCCACCCGCGUCUCCAACCAGAACCGCUACUGCCGGCUGGAGACCCAGAGGCGGCUCUGCGUGGUCAGACCCUGCCCCGCCCUGCCCGCAGCAUUCCCGGCGGUAAGUGAGGGUGGAGCUGGUGCCUCCGGGCAACGGGUUUGACAGUCAAAGGGAAGAGCAGAGCCAGCCAAACACGAAAACACGAGACCCCCACUUAAGUGCGGGCACCCCAUCACCCCUCCUCAGCCUUGAGCUGAGAGUGUCUCGGGGACAGAUCGACCAUCUCCUGAAACUCAGCUUGGAAAACACCUGAUGGCAGGUGCAGACCUGAAUUUUGGCAUCUCUGGAUGUCUGAAUCCAGGAGCACUCUGGAACCCACACAGGGGAGCCUGGCCUGCCCCUAUGGCCAGAGAUGUGUUUGCAGCUCCUGCCUGGCUCCCUGGGCACACCCAAGAGGUGGUUCUGCCACCCCUUUAUUAGCCUGGCACAGCCCCAGUGUGAACAUGGUGUAACACAGCCUUGCUGCCACAUGCCCCUGCUCCCCAGACAUAGAGAACACGCCACAUCCUGCUCUAUCUCCCCAUCAUUCUCCACUGUGCCUUUCCAGAGGGGAAGAGGAGGUCAUUUGUAGCUGUGCCCACCCUGGUUUCAUCCUGGAGCCAACGCCUCAUCCCGGCAAAGAGUCUGGCACAAACCUAUGGCAUUGUGGUUUUGGUGAAGAUGGAGAAACUAGAGAAGUUUCCAUCGAGAAACUAGAGAAGAACUGAUGGACUUUGGCUGCAAAGGAGGCUGGAAAUAGAGAAGAAGAUCCCCCUCUCACUCAAAACCUGCCUCCUCUGUGCACCCUGCUGCCCCAGGCAGGAUUAGUGGGCAGCAUUCCCGAGUUUCUUAGGCUGAAUGAAAUGGGAAAUGGGGAAACCCUGCCCCAAGCAUGAACCCACCCAAGAAGCCAGGAAUCGGUCCUUUCCUGGAUCAGUGGAGCUUCUGGAGAGGUGAUGCUGCUCCUCCACCACAUCACACAGCUCUGCUCCAUGUGGACUGCAAUAGAGGCCAUCUCCAGCACCUGGAAGCCCAAAUCCCUGGAGGGAACCCUCAUGCCCUGGCCCCCCAGGGAGGGAGCAGGUACAUCAGGCUGCACCCACAAGUCACUGCCGUGCCAGGCUGAGCUGCUCCACCGUGCGGGAGCUCGGCCAGCCCACGAUACCCACCCUGCAAACAGCGGCUCCUCCCUGGGCAUGGGCAGGGUCCUCCUGCUGACAGCUCUAAUUCACCUUCCCCGCAUCCCUCCAGAACAAACACGAGCCUUCCCGCUCCUCCUGGCCCCCUCCUCUCCCAGGCGCUGGCGGUUUGGCAGAGCUGCGGCGAGCGAGGAGCUCAGACGGAGACACCGUCCCGCGGCACCAGACAUACCGCCUGCCAUCCAAGCACAUUCCCUGUGAGCCCGGGCCAAAGGAAAAGCAGGAGAAAGAGAAAACAAAAUCGCAAAGAUGAGUCGGAGCCGCCUCCCGACGGGCUGGAGCCGCUCCAGCUGCGCAGGAGAGCUGCUCGGCAGUUCUGGCUGUGCUUUCCCUCGGCAGUAACCCUUGAGGGCGACGGAAAAUGAAACCCAAAUGCCCUCUAACGGCCUCGCACCAGCGGGCAGAGGGAACGUCCCACCGCAGGGAGAGAGGGGCAGCUGCAAGGAGCAGUGGUGCAGGUGACACGUCCAGGUGAGAUACGGACUUUUUAGACGUGUAUUUCUGGAGCUAAAAAUAAAGGUGUGCUGAUC